CCCAUUCAACUUUUCUUCCCUCCCACCCUUCUUGUCGUAUUCGACUCAGUUGCAACUUGUUUUUCACUUCCGUUCGAAGUUUCGCCAACAAAGCUUCUCACGAUUACGAAGUGCCCUUUAAUCCUAAACCUACUCUUGAUACCCCCAUUUCGAGUAGCUUGAUUACCUAUUUAAUUUCCCUUUUCCUUAGUGAUACCCUGUUCUUGAUACCCAAUUAGUUUUCUUUCCCUAAACCAAAAUCUAUUACAAUGGCCGAGGAACAAAAGCCCGUUGAGGUCGCCGAGACCACCCCCGCCGUCGUCGAGCCGGUCGCCGAGACGAAGCCUGUCGAGGAGACGCCUGCCGAGGCUGCCCCCGCCGCUGAUGCCGCUGCUACUGAGGCACCUGCCGACGCUGAGGCUGCCCCCGAGACUGCCGCCGCUACUGAGGAGGCUAAGAAGGAGGAGGCCAAGCCCAUUGAGGCUGGCACUCUAGAGCACAAGGUUGCUCCUGCCAACUUCCCCAAGAACCUCAUCUACUCUAAGCAGCACUUUUGGUUCGGCACCGAGUCUGUCCCCAAGGACAAGCUCGUUACCUACCUCAAGAACGAGAAGACCACCGAGGUUGCCCACCACGUCGCCGCGUGGGCCACGGAGACUGGAAAGGGUCUCCUUUUCUUCGGCAAGGAGAGCGACAAGAGCACCCCCACGGGUAUCCUUCAAUUGGCUGAGGUUUCUGAGCCCGCCACCGAGGGUGCCUCCAAGUUCUCCCUUACUGCUAAGGGCCACAAGCACAUCUUCAAGGCCCCCACCGCUGCUGAUCGUGACAGCUGGGUCGAGCAACUGAAGUUGAAGAUCGCCGAGGCCAAGGAGCUUGCUACCACCAUCACGGAGACCGAGACUUACAAGCAGACCCUCGAGAGCUUCAAGCCCACUCCCCCACCCAAGGAGGACAAGCCCGCCGCUGAGGGCGAGGCCGAGGCCCCCAAGGAGGAAGUUAAGGAAGAAGACAAGGAGGAGGACAAGAAGGAAGAGGCUAAGGAAGAGAAGAAGGAUGACGACAAGAAGGACUCUAAGCGCCGAUCUGCUAGCCGAAAGCGUGCCUCCAUCUUCGGAAGCCUGCUCAGCAAGAAGGAGGAACCCAAGAAGGAUGCUUCCGCUGAGGACAAGCCUGCUGAUGAUAAGCCCGCCGAGAUCGCCGAGGAUGCUGAGCCUACUGCUGAGGAGACUCCUGCCGCCCCUGAGACGCCCGCAAUUGAGACCACCCCCGCCCCUGAGGAAGCCAAGAAGGACGAGCUGCCAAUCAAGCCUACUCCUUCUAAGCGCGCUAGCAUCUUCGGUGGUCUCUCCUUCGGCAAGAAGAAGACCGAGGUCGAGUCUGCCCCUACCACUCCUGCUAAGGAGACUUCCGGCGCUGAUGUCCCGGUCGCCGAGACUGCCCCCGUCAUCCCUGCUGUUGAGACUACUGAGCCUCUGUCGACGGAUGUCGCAUCCCCCACCGCUGAGACAGCCGAUGCUGCUGCCGCUACCAACGGUGAGACCAAGGAGGUGAAGAACGAGAAGCGCAAGUCUUCUCUUCCUUUCGGCUUCGGCAAGAAGUCGGCCGCUACCUCGGAUGAGGAAGGUGAGAAGGUCAAGUCUCCUCCCUUCUUCUCCAAGCUUCGCCAAACCGUCAAGGGCAAGGGAAAGGCCGCUGAGAAGCCCACCGAGGAGUCCAAGGCUGAGGACAAGCCCGCCGACAUCGCCGAGGAUGCUGAGCCUGCCAAGGAGGAGGCUACCGAGGAGGCUGCUGCUGCCGCCCCGGUUGCUGAGGAGGCUGCUGAGAAGCCCGCCGCGGCUGCCCCGGCUCCUGUCACUGCUGCCGCAUAGAGUGCGCGCCGCUUUGGCUUGAAAAUCAAGUCGUAAUGUUUUCGUUAAAGAGUAUCCACCGCGCUGGGUUUGGUCGGGAACGGAUCUGCAUUU